ACUCCAGAAGCAAAUUCUCGUGCCUCCAGUCCCUGUCCUGAAUUGGAACAGUUUCAACUCAUUCCUGCAGUAGAAACUUCCUAUAUUGCCCGAGCUGGAAAGAAUGAAUUCCUAAACCUUGUUCCAGAUAUUGAGGAGAUCAGACCAGGCUCUGUAGUCUCAAAGAAAGGAUAUCUGCACUUCAAAGAACCCCUCUCCAGCUCCUGGGCCAAGCAUUUUGUGGUAGUCCGCCGUCCAUAUGUUUUUAUUUACAACAGUGAUAAAGAUCCUGUGGAAAGAGGAGUCAUAAACUUAUCCACGGCUCAGGUGGAGUACAGUGAGGAUCAGCAGGCAAUGGUAAAGACACCCAACACUUUUGGUGUGUGUACAAAGCACCGCGGGGUCCUGCUCCAGGCCAUCAAUGACAAAGACAUGAAUGACUGGUUAUACGCCUUCAACCCACUUCUUGCUGGCACGAUACGGUCAAAAUUGGCUCGGAGACGCACGGGCCAGAUGAAGUACUGAGUCCAUGUAACGUUCUCAUCUGUUCUCCUUAACUCACCUUCUGAUAGAUAAAGUGUUACCUCUCAUUUUC